UUUACUGGUGGAACCAGUUUCCCAUUCAUAGUAAGCAUGGCCGCACGACAAAUAUUUGGGUUAAACAGUAUAACCAGGAGUUUACUCAAGUUUGCGAAACAGAAUACAGUUCAAGGUAAAAACUUGAACUGCGUUCGUCUGAAAUCCACAGUCAGUGCCCUUCCAGGUGUUAACUGCAAAGUGGAACUUGCCUUGACCUCAGAUGGCAGAACAAUAGUAUGUUAUCACCCUCCAGCAGAAUUUCCUUAUGAACAUUCAAAGCCUAUCCCACGACCAGACCCUUUAGAAAAUCAUGAGGAAACACAUGAUCAGGUGCUGAAAGCUCAGUUGAAUGAAGAAGUGUUGCAGAACAAACAGGCACCCACUAUCGAAGAGCUCAGUAAAAUGUUCUAUACGACAAAACAUCGCUGGUAUCCAGUUGGACAGUAUCACAGAAGACGUAAAAAGACUGAUCCUCCCAAAGACAGAUAAUUUUGAACACUUGCAUUUUCCUAUUUAUGGUGGUUAUAUAUAUAUAUAUAUAUAUAUAUAUAUAUAUAUAUAUAUAUAUAUAUAUAUAUAUAUAUAUACUUUGUUGUAUUGGAAAUCAUCCUUUGUUCCUUUGCUUGAUUUUUUUCCUGUACAUGUAGCCAUUUCAUAAGCAGGAUGUUAUAGAUUCCUGGUGCAGUACCUUAUUGCUUCCUGUGCUUUGGGUCACAUUUUGUUUAUCAUUAGUGGAUUAAUCAAAUUUAUAACACAGGAAUAGAUUGUAAUCCAGGAAUCAACCACAACUUUUUAAUUUGCAUCAAGUAAAUAUAUUGUCAGUGCAAAUAAGAGGCAAGAAAUUGGCUUUAAAACCUUGGUUUUCACACCAAUGUUGUUAUUUCUUAAAUGGAGAUAAUAUAAGAUUAUGCCUAAGUGAAGCAGAAAUAAGUGUAUUUCUGUUUUUUUUUUUUUUCUUGGAUUAGACCCAGUUAAUAAAUUGACUAUUUAAAAACA